GACCAAGGACGCGGACAGAAAGGUGGAGCACGGAGAACUGAGCCCACUGCACUCAUCCCCGCCCCCGGCUGCCCCGGAGCCCACCCGCAGCUGCCGCCCGGACCAGCCCCUCUCUGGCGCCUGGCACAGGUAGCCACCGGAGGCAAUGAGAGCCAGCAUGAGACUCGCGCGGCCGCCACGCGGGUAAGCACCAGCCACAAAAGUCUACAAAAGAAGGUAAAUUACUGUCUUUAAAUAUAUAUUUAAAAAAAUAAAAAAAAAAAAACAAGAUCCAUGAGUGGGCAUCGAUCAACAAGGAAAAGAUGUGGAGAUUCUCACCCGGAGUCCCCAGUGGGCUUUGGGCAUAUGAGUACUACAGGAUGUGUAUUAAAUAAAUUGUUUCAGUUACCAACACCACCUUUGUCAAGACACCAACUAAAGCGGCUAGAAGAACACAGAUAUCAAAGUGCUGGACGGUCCCUGCUUGAGCCUUUAAUGCAAGGGUAUUGGGAAUGGCUAGUUAGAAGAGUUCCCUCCUGGAUUGCCCCAAAUCUCAUCACCAUCAUUGGACUGUCAAUAAACAUCUGUACAACUAUUUUAUUAGUCUUCUACUGCCCUACAGCUACAGAGCAGGCACCUCUGUGGGCAUAUAUUGCUUGUGCCUGUGGCCUUUUCAUUUACCAGUCUUUGGAUGCCAUUGAUGGGAAACAGGCAAGAAGAACCAAUAGUAGUUCUCCUCUGGGAGAACUUUUUGAUCAUGGCUGUGAUUCACUAUCAACAGUUUUUGUGGUUCUUGGAACUUGUAUUGCAGUGCAGCUGGGGACAAACCCUGAUUGGAUGUUUUUUUGUUGUUUUGCUGGGACAUUUAUGUUCUAUUGUGCACACUGGCAAACAUAUGUUUCUGGAACAUUGCGAUUUGGAAUAAUUGAUGUGACUGAAGUGCAAAUCUUCAUAAUAAUCAUGCAUUUGCUGGCAGUGAUUGGAGGACCACCUUUUUGGCAAUCUAUGAUUCCAGUGCUGAAUAUUCAAAUGAAAAUUUUUCCUGCACUUUGUACUGUAGCAGGGACCAUAUUUUCCUGUACAAAUUACUUCCGUGUAAUCUUCACAGGUGGUGUUGGCAAAAAUGGAUCAACGAUAGCAGGAACAAGUGUCCUUUCACCUUUUCUCCAUAUUGGAUCAGUGAUUACAUUAGCUGCAAUGAUCUACAAAAAAUCCGCAGUUCAGCUUUUUGAAAAGCAUCCCUGUCUUUAUAUACUGACAUUUGGUUUUGUAUCUGCUAAAAUCACUAAUAAGCUUGUGGUUGCACACAUGACGAAAAGUGAAAUGCAUUUGCAUGACACAGCAUUCAUAGGUCCGGCACUUUUGUUUCUGGACCAGUAUUUUAACAGCUUUAUUGAUGAAUAUAUUGUACUUUGGAUUGCCCUGGUUUUUUCUUUCUUUGAUUUGAUCCGCUACUGUGUCAGUGUUUGCAAUCAGAUUGCGUCUCACCUGCACAUACAUGUCUUCAGAAUCAAGGUCUCUACAGCUCAUCCUAAUCAUCAUUAAUGAUGUAAUUGGUAUUAUAUAGGAACACCAUGUUUUCUGCAGGAAAGAAUCUGAACAUAUUAAGGAGAAUGGGGGUGCAUAAGAACAAAUAUAAUUUAUAAUAAUCAAUGUUGUAUAACUUUUAUUCUUUAUUAUUGGUAACGCUCCCUAACUAUCCUGUGUGAGAAUGGGAAUUUCAAAUCCCAUCCUGUAAAUUGUAUGUUGUCAUGCAGGGUUUGGGCCAAGAAAGCAUGGAGAAAACAAUGCCAUGUGAUUGUAAUUAUCCUGGACUCAGAAUAAUAAUAUGAUGGGGAGCUAGAUCCCCGGUGGUGGAGAAUUCUGAUAUUCACUAUUUGCAGGCCAAAAGAUGAUUGCUUUAUAAUUUUAACAAAUCAUCUGUUAGUAACAUCCUUGUUUAGUGUCUUCUCAAGUUUUCUUUACUAAGGAGUUCUGCUUGUGACACAGAUACAUCCCACUAGCUUAUGAGGUGGAACCAGUAAUAAAGACCUUGAAUUUGGAUUGAAAGGUUUCCUAUCUCUACAUUGUUGAGGAAGUCUUUUUUUUUUUUUUUUUUUUUUUUUUUUAUUGGUCAAUAAAUGUUAUCUCUCACAGGCUUGGGAAAUCCUGUUAGCAUGCAGAAUAAUGUGGUAACUUUGUCAAUUUCCCAUUUUAUUUUUUUAAAUAAAUAUAUGAUAUGAAAGCCAA